ACAAAGAGCCAAACGGGCUCGCUCCUCCCAUAUUCCAUGGCUGCAACAGUAUCACUCUCUUUCUCCUUAGAUCCACAACACAACUACAUCUCUCACAACCCCCACUUCAAACACCACAAAACGUUUCCUUUAACACCUUCUUUUCCUAUCUCCCUGAAACACCCAUAUCUCCUUCCACACAGGUACAACCGUUACGCCUCCAAAUCUUCGUCCUCUUCUUCCCACUCCACUCCUUCAGCGGCCACAAACUUAUCUUAUUCUGAAGACCCAUUUCGAACAGGUCGGUUUCUGAGCAAUGAAGAGCUUGAAAAGCUCAAACUCCUCGAGAAUUUCAGGUAUGGUCAGGAGCUGGAAUCUGGGUCAUUGUGGGUUCGGGUGAUGAGGGCGGAGGAGAUGGACGCUAUCGUUGCUUUGCUCGCCGAGUCAUUUGCGGAGUCCAUGCUUUGGCCUUCUGGGUACCUGUCCUUGUUGAGGUACUUGGUGAAGCAGUACUUGAUUGAGAGACGAGCUCUAAUGCCCCACACCGCCACACUUAUCGGGUUUUACAGAGGAAAAGAAAAUGGAGUAUUAGAACAAGAAGAAGAAGAGGAACAGUUGGCGGGGACUGUGGAGGUUUGCUUUGAUAAAAGGGGUGCAAAUGCUUCUCCUCCCACGCCUACUGCUCCCAAGAAUUCGCCUUACAUUUCUAAUAUGACAGUGAAGAGUUCGCUUCGCCGGAGGGGCAUUGGCUGGCAUCUCCUAAAGGCAAGUGAGGAACUAAUUUCUCAGAUGAGUUCCUCAGGAGAAGUGUACUUGCACUGCAGAAUGAUUGAUGUUGCUCCAUUCAAUAUGUAUACAAAAGCAGGCUACAGCGUCGUCAAGACAGAUAGCAUUUUAAUCCUGUUGAUGUUGCAGAGACGUAAGCACUUGAUGUGCAAGGAACUUCCAGCUAUAAGAAUCCCUUCUGAUAUGUCAGAUUCUGUUGAGGAAUGAACAUCUUGAAUAGAUAUGUGGAUCAGAAGAUAUAUCUAUGAGGAUAUAGGCCAAUGAGGUUGCAGUGAUCAUCCAGCUGGGUUGAAUAUUGGCUAGGAGGUGAACCUGAUGUUCCAGCUUCUCCUUGCUUGUAUUGUAUUAAUGUGUAUGGUAGACUCCCAUUUUGUUGCAGGUAAAUGAAUUGCAUCUGGCAUCUCCUUUUCCAUGUUAUCCUAGGCCUUAUUGUUAUAAGAUGAGAAGAUCAUAUUAUCUUUA